CAGAAGUGGCCUCGCUCGCUCUCUCUGGCCUCUGUCCGUUAAAUUUCCAUUGGGGUCUGGAGCGCAACAGCCUCCCAAGUAUUCAAUACAGCGCUUGGCACCCAGAAAAGGUGCAAUAAGUGGUUCUACAUCCAGGAGGAGAGGCAUCUAGUGAACACAUACCCAGUCCUGCUGACUGGUUCUGUUCAUCCACCAACAAUGAACUUUGUGACAGCUCGCCACAUGCUGCUGAAUGAUGGGAACAAAAUACCAGUGCUGGGAUUUGGGACUUUUGGACUUAUGAACGCUAUAAGUGAAGGAGAAAUGGCGGUCAAGAAAGCCAUUGAAGUUGGUUUCCGACACAUUGAUGGGGCUUCCCUGUAUGAGAAUGAAAGGGAAGUUGGACGGGCCAUUCAAGCAAAGAUUGCAGAUGGUACUGUGACUAGGGAGGACAUUUUCUACACUGGAAAGCUCUGGAGCAGCUGUCACUACCCUACCUCCGUGCGCCCAGCUCUGGAAGAGACACUAAAGAACCUCCAGCUGGACUACCUCAAUCUCUACAUCAUUCACUGGCCCGUCACUCUGAAGCCUGGAAUGGACUUGGAGGUAUUAAAGAAAAAGGAGAAACUGUCUUUUGACUAUGUGGAUCUCUGCACCACUUGGGAGGCCUUGGAGGUAUGCAAAGAUGCAGGGUUGACCAAAUCCAUUGGCGUCUCCAACUUCAACCACAAGCAGCUAGAGAUGAUCCUGACCAAGCCCGGCCUCAAAUAUAAACCCGUCUGCAACCAGGUAGAAUGUCACCCGUACCUCAACCAGAGCAAACUCCUGGAGUUCUGCAAGGCCAACUCUAUCGCUUUGGUGGCAUACAGUGCCCUGGGCUCCCAGGUCAUUCCGACAGAUAAUCCGAGCUACCCAGUGCUGCUGGAGGACCCAGUCCUGGGCGCCAUCGCCAAGAAACACAACCGCACCCCAGCCCUGGUCGCCCUGCGCUACCAGCUGCAGCGUGGAGUUGUGGUCCUGGCCAAGAGCUUCACCGAGAACCGGAUCAAGGAGAACAUUCAGGUGUUUGAUUUCCAGCUGAACCCGGAGGAUAUGAAGGCCAUCGACGGCCUCAACAGAAAUUACCGCUAUAUUCAGGUGGAAAUGUUCUCAUCCCACCCUAACUAUCCAUUUAAUGAGGAAUACUGAUAAGGUCCCUAUGCUGAAGAACUGAGGCCAUAGAAGUAUGAGUCAGAUGCCCAAUCCCUCUCAAACUCCAGGCAGCCUGAUGACCAUUUACAUGAAAUUGACAAAGAUUCAAUCCCCAGGCUACUGGAGUCUCUUCAUAGUCCCUUCAUGAAAGGAAAAUAAAGUUGUUGUUUGAACUCACAAUGACUUCUGACUCUUUCUCUGCUGGUGGCUAACACCAAAGGGAGUAAUUAUUAGAAAUGAUCACAUUUACUGUGCACCCACUGGGUGUAAUGCACUUAACUAAGAUCUUAGGAUGUACAAAACAAGCAAAUGACACAUGCGAUGCCACUUUCCUGGUACACCAAACACUGCCCUCAUGGCUCUUCCUUCUCCUGCCCUGCUACCUUCUGAUCCCAGGGCUUCCUGCCAUCCCAGCACAAGCUCCCUUUUUCCUUACUGGUCAGUAUGCCCUCCAUUUCCCCUUUGGUCAGUCCCCAGACAAGCUCCCAUUUUCUAUCAAGUUGUUCCAAGAUGUCUUCUUCCUCACAUCCCUUUGGGCUCCAUGCCCUCUCUCACUAGUCCGCGCCUAUUCUUCCACACCCCCUUUUAUCUAAUUUGUAAUAUAAAAUAAUCUGUCUACGGACACCAGCA